CAGGCAUCAUUUGAGCACGUGAAAGGAAGUUCAAAUGUAGGGCUUCCUGAAUAAGUCAUGAUUUCGCAACUACCUUAUUUCGUGUCUUGUCAGAGCAUCCCGGUACGUUACAAACGCCCAGCUACCAGCGACCAAGCAUAUCCGAUCUGAUCUGGUUAUCAUGGCUUCCUCAUCCGAGAAAGAUGCUGCUAUAAAAACGCGUAUCCUCACACAUAUGAAUGCAGACCACACAUCUUCUCUAUCAUUCUACUUGCAACAUUACUGCCAGCUGUCCAAAAGCGAAGCCUCCAACCCCAAACUCCUCGAUAUAUCACUCUCCUCACUCACAAUCUCCUCCAAAUCAGGCAAAUCCCACAUAAUCCCCAUCGAUCCUCCCUUAUCUUCAUACAGUGACGCUCGCCCUCGAUUUGUCGCCAUGGAUGCCCAAUCUCGUACUGCUCUUGACAUUUCUCCAUACACUAUUACUCGAUACGAGGCUCCAAAGACUUUCGUCCAUCGAUUGGUUUUCGGGUUGUGUUUGAUGACUAUAGUUAUCUUUGCUUCGCAAUCACACAUCGUACCUGGUACAUAUUUCUACGACAAUGUAUUGCAAUGGUUUCCAGGAGGAGCAGCGACUUUCAUGUGGAUUUCUGCUAAGAUUGCUAUCCCGACUAUUGUGAUACACGUGGCUGAAGCUUUCUGGAUGGAUAGGUCUAGACUUAUGAAGUACAAUGUCCAGAGGGGAAGUUCGGUGUGGUGGAAAUGGAUGACAAGUUGUUUGAUUGAGGGGAUUGGAAGUUUUGCCAGGGUUGAUGCUAUGAUCAAACAACAAAAGAAGGAGCAAGAGUCUAAGGGAAAUGCUGGACAUUGAGGUCUUGCGUAGAGGGACUUCUCAAUCGAUCGGCUCAAUGGUAAAUUUUAUGAGCUGUGAGGAAAUAUUACGAGAACGAAGAAGUAUACCUACAUAGGACAGACGAGCAGGAGAUUCGAAGGCGGAAUGAUGGCAACUAUUUGGAAGCAAUUCAGAUACCCUUGGAACAUUCAAGCAGAAGCAAUAGAUACCUAAUUGUUACAUACUCCAUUUUAUUUUGUCUUGGGUCUGAAGAAUUAAUUUGG